AUGAAUGACGCUACAACCUUGCUCAAGCGUAGUAGCAUGAGCAACCCGGACAAAUACCCCCUCUACAUCUUCCUCAUCAUCGCCGGUUGCAUUGUAGGUGGACUCAUCGGCUUCAGUGUAUACACUAUGUACCAUGGCCUUGACGACUCAGCACAUUUCAAGGAUGCGUCCCACGAGCAACGAAAAUACAUGCGCGAGGUCAGACAGCGAAAUCUGAACGGGUUGGCAGUUGAGGCGAGGAGACCUGAUAUGAUUGUUCCUAUUCGGGACUUGGAGUGA